AAGAGUAGAUGUAGAGCAUACUGCAGAGUACUGUCAGAAGACAUUUCAGAAGCAUCACUGUAAGCGAUGCUGCAGUUAUUUUUAUGGUAUCUUAACAGAAAUCAAUUAGCAAACAAUAAGCUACAAUAAGGUUGUAUAAUGCAUAAAAUGAUAGCUUGACUGAGAGUAUUGAUUUGGGAACCUGAUGCUUCAGAGUAAAAGCUAUGAGAUCACAGAAGUUUUAGGCCUCAGUUGCAUCCAAAGGACAGGAUACUUCAAAAGAAAAUCUCAGCUCCACUUGACUGGACCUCAUUUCUUAAAAAAUUCCACCAAGCAAGUUUCAGUGAGGUAGUAACUGCAUAAAAUCAUCUCCUCUUGCGGUAAGAAAUACUCAUGCAUCCCACCAUAGUGGCUCACAUCACGGCACUCAAAAGCGAAACAGUAAAGCACUUACAGUGGAAAGUACAGGCAUGAUUUUCAAAGUUGUUAUCACUGUGUUGAUCGUUGCCGUUCACGGCGCUGUCGCAGGAAAUGGAACAUCAAGGCAUCAGAAUAAAGGACUCAUUGCUACAGGGGUAAACAAGCUAAACAAUGAGAGUUGGGCAUUCGGUUUCCCAGGGUUCCCUGUAGGAGUAACUGAUGAGCCCAUCGACUUCUCGGAUGACCUCCAUGAUGAUCAGAGACACAUAGUCAAGAAACAGUUCAACAUCUCUGAGCAGACCAAAAAUUUCCUCACUAGCUCUGUAAUGACUGUCUUCAUCCCCGCAGUCUACACCUUGGUGUUUGUCAUCAGUGUCCCUCUCAACAGCAUCGCCAUCGCAAUGUUUGUACUCAGAAUCCAACCCAAAAAACCAUCUGCGAUCUAUAUGUCCAAUCUGGCUGUGGCCGACCUGCUUUUCGUACUGCUGCUCCCCUUCAAGAUGUCCUACCACUUCAACAGCAAUAACUGGGUGUAUGGGCCAGUCAUGUGCCGCGUGGUCACCUCUUCCUUCUACUGCAACAUGUACUGCUCCAUCCUGCUUAUGAUGUGCAUUAGCGUGGACCGCUUCCUGGCCGUGGUUUAUCCCAUCGACUCGCUGAAAUGGCGAGACCAGCAGAAAGCUCUGGUAGUAUGCAGUGUCACAUGGCUGCUGGCGGUCGCCGGGGUGAUGCCCAUCCUCCUGUCCGAGCAGGUCGCCUACAUCCGGGAUCUGGACAUCACCACCUGCCAUGACGUGUUGGACAUUAACAAGCUGCAGGGCUACUACCUCUACUUUUUCCCCAUCUUCUCCUGCCUGUUCUUCUUCCUCCCCCUCAUCAUCACCACCUUCUGCUAUGUGCGCAUCAUUAAGGCCCUCAGGAACAGUAAAAAGUUUAAAGUAAAAAACUCCAAGAAGACCCGGGCCGUGUUCAUGGCCAUCGUCGUACUGGCCGUCUUCAUCACCUGCUUCGCCCCCACCAAUGUCAUCCUGCUGGUCCACUACCUGCAGUUCACCCACAGCCAUGAUGACACUUCCUACGCUGCCUACCUGAUUUCUGUGUGCAUUGGCAGUGUGAGCUGCUGCCUGGACCCACUCAUCUACUACUUGGGCUCAUGUCAGUACCGGAAGCAGGUGGCCACUGUACUCAGCUGCCAGGCCUCGCAGAAGAUACAGAGUACAUAAUGUGAAAACAGCAUGACGACGAAGCUGGACAACCUAAAAGGUGGCAGGGCCAGCCAGUACAACAAGCUGAUGGCUGAACACGAUGGGUGACUCAUACGGACACGUAUACCACAAAAAAACAUACAUGUUAACCAGACGUGUCUUGUAAUAACAUCAUAACAUUUACUAUUUUUCUAGCUAGUAUUACUAUGUACAGCCAUAUUUGAGCAGUGUUAAUUUU